AUGAAGGGCAUCGACAACUUGUGCUUUUACGGCAAGUACCCCAUCUUCGGCAACUACGCCGAGAAUUCGCGCGUCUUCUUCGCGGCGUGGUUCGCGCUGAACGUCUGGCUCGCGGUCGCCUUCUUCUUCAAGAACGACCUGCGCGACUUCUUCCGCGAGCCCUGCGCGCUCGACGACGCCAAGCUCGUACGGGUCUGGAUCGCGGACGAGGAGGAGCAGCUCAACGCGGAGUCGUCGGCGCUCGUCCGCGGCGCGCGCGCGGUCCAGAAUUGGCUCCAGGGCGACGCGCCGCCGGGCCACGGCGCGACGGUGCCCGUGCUCGCGCUCGAGGCGGCGGAGGCGGCGCUCGCGGACCCGUCGGACCUCGCGGAGUGCGGCGUGAACCUGACCUGCGACGGGUCCUGCGGUCUAGGCGUGGGGCUCAAGCUCUCCCUCAAGGGGACCUACGAGCGCGUCACCCGGGCCUGCGAGGACCACUUCGCCGGUCCCCCCGCGGGCCGCAAGUACGUCGUCGUCGAGGCGACGCGCUACGUCUUCGACGGGUCCCGCUUCGAGCGGGCGCGCGUCGACGUGCCCACGCGCUUCCAGGGCCUCGACGCGCUCCUCCAGCGCGGCGGUUUGACGCCGUCGGAGGCCGCGGACCGGCUCGUCUACGGCGGGCCCAACGCCAUCGCGUUCCGCGUCGACACGUGGCUCGAGAGCCUCACGAACGAGUUCGUCAGCGUUUACUAUUUGUACCAAUUGGCGUCCUACCUCGUCUGGUUCUGGUUCUCCUACCUCGUCGUCGGCUGCCUCCUCGGCUCCGUGGUCAUCGCGUCCGCGGCGCUCAACAUCGCCAUCGCGAGAGCCAACCAGCGGACCAUCGCGGAGCUGACGAAAUCCGUCGGCGACGUCGACGUCUCGACGGUCGUCUUCGUCGUCGUCGCGUUCCAAUACCUGUCGUCGUCCGCGAUCUUCUCGCUGGGCAGCAAGUACCGCCAGCCCAUCUGGGAGAACAAAACGAUCGUCGCCAUGUGGGUCGGCUUCGCGGCCUUCCUCACCUUCCUGCUCCUCUCGCCGCAGAACGCCGUCACGGAGCUCUUCCACAUCGCGUCGCAGCCCUUCAACGAGGAGGGCACGGCGUCGCCCGUGUGGGAGGACUACCAAGAGAAGAAGGCGUCCCGGCGCCUCGAGGACGCGACGCUCGCGCCGACGCCGCCGCCGGGCGACGCCGCGACGUCGCCGGGCAUGUCCUUCGGCCUGCGCUUCGAGCUCUUCGCCCUCGUGUUCCUCGGGCUCGCCGUGAAUCUGGCCUUCGAGAAGGUCGUCAUCCAGGGGCCCGUGAACGUGUGGUGCCGCAAGUUCUUCAGCUACGACGACCGCGCAGAGAACAACGUGACCACGAUCCUGGCCUUCGCCGGCUACCGCACCGUGCUCACGCUCGAGACGCUCUGCCCGCGCGCGCGGCGCGUCGUUCGCGGCGCGCGCGUCGAAUUGGACGUGUCGCAAGAGACCGACCUCACGCUCGCCACCAUGAUCGCCAUGCGCGGCGAGCUCUUCGAGGCGCGGCGCGCGGGCGUCUUCAAGGACGUCGAAUACACGUUCGAGUUCAACUACGACGACUGGAGCCACCGCGCGGCCGACGUCGUCUACCGCGGCGACCGCCCGCUGCUGCUGUCGCCGCCGCCGCGCGGCGCGGCCGUCGACGGGCUUCGUGGCGGCGCGGACUGCGACAAGGCGCGGUCGGCGUGCGCGGUCGCGGCCGUGGACCGCCGCCGCGCGGCCCUCCUGUCGAUCGGCUUCGUGUCGGUCGAGCUCGGCACCAAGAGCGGCGACGGCGGGCGUGGCGUCGCAAUAUCGGCUUUUGCCCUGACUUCACUCGCGCGCGACGCUGCGCUCUGCUUCAGCCAGACGCACUCCGUUGCGGCGUCGACCUUUGAAACCUUUGUGAUCCGACAAGAGAACAAGAACUUCAAGAAUAGCAACGGAGUUUGGUCCGCCGCGCUCGCCGUCCUUGACGAUCUGGCGACUCGGCGUGACGGUGAGCCGUCCGACGAGGCCGGCAAGCAGCGCUGGCAAGCAGCGAUCCAGCCUCUCCUCGGCGCCGAGCGCCUUCACACGCUCGCCGUGAACGACGAGGUUGAGUUCGCCGUCGGCGACCCGGACGGGAUCCCCGUCGAAGACGAUCUCGAGUGGACCCGCGGGACAAUCGUCCGCAUCGUCAAGCACAAAGCGGUCGUCCGCGUCGGCGAGGACGAGCGCGAGGUCUACUUCGGUCAACUACGUCUCGUCGAGGAGCGCCCGUGCCCCGCGGUCGUCCUGUUGGCGCACGCCGUCGCGGACCACCGCAACGGCCUCGUUCGCAUGCUCAUGAACUCCGAGCGCAUGUCGCUCCCUCUGUCUUACGUCGUCGGCGAGCCCGGCAAAGCCAUCUCCGUUCGGACGGACAAGCGUUGCACGGCUUUGGACCACGCGAUCGUCUCGAAGAACUUUGUCGCUAUCGGGAUGUCCGCGCCCUGCUACGCGAUCCACAGAUUUUGCUGGGUCAGCCAGGAAUUGACGUCGAUGAGAGACCUCCUGGGCUGA